CUAGACAAAUGCCCCUUUCGCUAGGUUUUGUGAUUGGAGGUUUUUAUGGCCACGCUUCGCAAGAUAAAGCGGUGGCCAUAAAAAACCUCGUCGUCUUGCGAGACAACCUCCAAUCACAAAACCUAUUCGUUAAGCGAAAAAUUCCUCUUACAGGGCAUUUGUCUAGCGAGGCACCACUGUAUGCCAGUCUCAUUUCUUGCCUCCCACACCCCACACCCAUGAGCCUUCUGCUGUACUUGGGCCUUGCCUGGGUUGUUUCGGACCUUUUCCUUCCCACUCCCAUGUCUCCGUCAUCUUUCUCAUCCUAUCUCUUUGCUAUUUCCUGCUGUGUCUUGUUUUUGCAGUAACCAGAAGCAGGGGGUGAGGCGAUGGUAGUGGCUAAGCAAACAUGUUGCUGCCAGCUGCAUUUUGGAACAGACAGCAUUCUAGUAGGGCAUUAACAUAAUUAUUAGAUAUUUGUAUUUCCCUAACAGGGAUUUGAGGUGGCUUACAGAUAAAAAUAGGAAUAGCUGAAAACAGAGAGGACAACCAUUUAAAAAUAAUUAAAUGUUGAUAGAAGUUAAAACUCUUUAUGUGUGUAAAAUAUACCUACUGAUGAGGAGGAAUUAGUGAGACCUUGACAUUGUCACAAGAUUCUCUUCAGAAGCAUAAAACCAUCACUGUCUUGGGAGUAUCGGAUUGGAGUUCACUGAGAAUAGAGUCCUCUUUGUGGCUGUAAUGUUCUUUAAUAAGAGCUGGGUAUGGCAACCCUCAAAAUGGUACUGAAAAAUAAAAUAGAGAACCUUAAUGUUUCAGUGCAAACCUUCAUUGGGGGCAUAAGAAUUCAAUUAGCUGAGCAAUUUUGCCUUACCAGAAUAACAACAAACUGAAUUCUUGUGUCUCUAAGGAAGGUUCCUCUGAAACGUGCUGAGCAAUUUAAUAUAUUAUUAAAAGUUUUCCCAUUUUUCAGGAGGCUUGUCCACCCUUCUUCUAUUUGGUUUCUCUCUUCCUCCUGUAAUAAGAAAUGGUCCUCCUAAAACGGGAGUGUGUCUGCACUGCAGACUGGGGCAACAGUGGAAUUGCCAUGGCUUGGCAGUCUUUGAGCCACUACCAGCAAUGCAGACAUUUCGUAUCCUUGUGCUUGCCAUGGAAUAGUUUCUGGAAUUGUGCUUCUUGCUUCAGUCCAAGAAGAACAGGCAGGUCUGCUUAGAAACUGGUGUUCUCUCCAUCAUUCCUCCUUGUUGGCCUUUCCAUGAGCCCAGAAAGACUUAUGUCGCUCAGUCUUGCCAAUUUCUUUUGCAACAUUGUGGUAGGAAGCUUCUCUCUCUUAUUGGAUAGUUCCUGCCCACUUGUGUGUUUUCUACACUGCUGUGUCCAGAAGUGUACAUACACAGUCUUGGGAGGAGGGUGUUGAAACACUAGCGCUGACACCACUACCACAAAUUUAACCACACUGAAACUUGCAAAUGAAUGGGUUCCCCCCCCCCUUUCCUGGAAGAAAAGAAGAAACCUCUAUAUGCAUUUGAAAGCCUUCUUUGAUGAGCCUCCCUUGCUGCCUUGCUGCGGCCCAGAUAGUGUGUUAUCAUCGGGAAUAGGACCUUGGUGAUGACGCCUGGGUGACAAGGAGACGCUUGAUAGGAAAGGAGAUUGGGCAAGAAGGAGUUCUUUGAAACCAGCUGCGGGCAUAUUGCACAACAGUGAUGAAUGUAUGUGAGUUCACUUCCUACAUUUCAUUCUUCCAGAAAUAGCUGUUGUCAGUGACCAUUUUUUAAAAAGGUCAAUUCUUUGUGCUGACUGUAUUUAACUGUGGUUUGCGAUGACCUAUGUUGGGAAGGGAAAGAGCUUUUGUGGGACAUUAGAUAGAGUAAAGUGGCCACUUCAGGCGGCUGAUUUUGGGUGCCAUGAAAAGGCAGUAGUAAAUGGUUGGCUAUCUUGCUGUGGUGUUGUGUUUUUACUGUCAGGGCGGGGGAGAGACACUUGUGGGAUUUUCUGUCUGGGGUACCAAAAUAACUUGGCUUGGUUUCAGAUAAUGCACACCUUGGCUUGCAGGGAAGGGGCACUUUUGCUGCUCCACUUCAGGUAGCAAAAUGCUAACAGCUUUUGAAUAACAUGUGACAAUUCUGCCUCAUUUUCAACACUUGGAAUGGCAGUAAGGAAGGAAUCCUACCUCCUUCUUCAGUCGAGUUUCCCAACCUCCCAUGGUUAAUGUGGUUCAAGUGAAACCUUUGUUCCAAAUAUUCCAGUUUAAACCCUGAAUGUGUAAAACCCAGUUCUUUCCUCAAAGUCCUCCCCGAAAACCUUAUUUUCUGAAGGAUAUCUUUAUUACCUUGCCUACUUUUUCAUUUGGGUUUUCAACUUCAGUGGUUUUUUUCCUUUUCCUUUUUAGUUUUAGAAGCUACAAGGAAUAUAUCCUGAGAAGCCACAAUGAGGCAUUCUCAUUUGGUCCGAUAAAAAAGUGUGAAUUCUUUUCCAGCAUUUGUCAUACAGUAUGUUCAAACAUUCAUGCAAGCAAACUGAGGCAAGGGUCGGUUGUAUGCAAAACAUACACUGAGUUUAAAAUAAAUAAAUAAACUUGGCUCCUUCUCUUUGUGGAGAUGGUUUUGCAGCCUGCCAGUUGUCAAAGAAAGAAUGUCUGUUGCUGAAAGGGGACAAUAGAACCUGCCUCAAUGUGUUCAAACAAGUCUUCAGUCCCCUGGUGCCAGAUGGAAGCUCCAGCAUUUGGACCUCAGUACCAGCAAUGAGCAGGCAUGACCAUCCAUUUAAAACUGACAAGACAGGCAGAGUUUUGUUAUUACUAUUAUUAUUUCUGGGCACCAGGAGUAGCAAGCUAGGAUUAAAAUUUAUUGCCUCUGUUGGCAAGAGGCACUGGUCUCCAUCAUAACACCAGGUUUUGACAGCAAUAUUAAGCUGAACUUCUUUAUCUUGUUUUAUUUGGGCAUUGGGAUCCUAGUCUCUCCAAUUGGCGUCUGCUGGGAUUAUACAAUUUAUUUUGGGACCCUACAUUCAACUCUGUGCAGCUGGUUCUAAAACAAUGACUGAUUUGAUUUGAUAUAUUCUUUGUUGUUUCUAUGGUGUCUGGAUUAUUAGAUACCCUGUAUAAAUGAUUUUUGUUAGUUGAAAACUUAUCUGUGAAACUCACCUUCAUCACUGCUCAUCUAGCCUCCCUCACUUCUGUCUUCUGGUUCAUAGUAUACUCGCUUCCACACAGUUUCCUAGCUCAUUAGAGAGACUUCUAGGCUGAGGUCUUAAUAUUCUGUUGCUAAAAAAUUUCUAAGAGCCAUGUUAUUGCUAUUUUUAUUCUGUGCCACAGCUCUCAUUGAUGUGUCCCGCAGGUGGCAGCCAGUUUUGAACUUCAUUUUGAACUUGGUUUUUGUGACUUGCAGGUGUUGGUUUCAUAUGCAAACUUAGACCUCCUAGUGAUUGGGCCUAGACAAUAGCCACUUGCUAUGGGCUUGGAAAUAAAAGAAGUAUCCAAAUAAGUUGUCAAAAGUGUCCUAAAGCUUUCCCCCAAGUUAUUGUUGCUAGCUGCUCGUUUUGGUUGCAGUGGGUUGUAAAUGCAUUAAAACUAAUGGACCUAAGUCAUGUCCAUUAAUUUCAGCGCUGCGACUUGGAGUACAACUAAAGUUGGCUGCCACCCAGUGUCCUGUCCCCCAGAGGAUUUUAGAAACGGCUUUUCUUAAAAGUGCGCCGAAGCUUACCAGGUGUACUCCAUCAAAAUAAAACAAUCAAUCUCUCAGGGAAAGUCCCUAGUCAUGCAAAACCAGGGUUGUUGUUUUUCUGGCCUUAUUUUCAUGGCUUUUAACCCUUAUGCUUCCCUAUCACGCUUUGAGAACAUAAAUCUGAGCCAUUUCGUAUCAGGAUUCCAUUUUGUAAGGAGAGUGGGGAGGCCUUCACUGUAGAAACUGUAUCUGAUCAAGGAACAUAUUCUUGAAAAGCAGAGUUUGGAGGAAGAUCUUGAGCAGGCUGACUAAAUAAUCCAAUUCAAGAUGGCGGACAGUGACAAGAAUGGGACCAGCCGCUCCAGUACCAGCAGCAGCAGCAGUCGCCUACAGAGCAAGAAGCCCCCAAACCUGUCCAUCACAAUUCCACCCGUGGAAGCAGCCGAGGAUGUGAAUAGCCAAACAGUGCCUCUGAAGAAAAACCCAGUUUAUCAGAAGAGUGUGAGCCUCCAAGAGUCCGGGAUGAAAAGGCAGGACAGCAAUUUUGAAAGACACCCUGGCUUGCGCAGGCAAACUUCACUGUCCCACAGUAUUCGCAAGGGGGCAGCUCAGUGGUUUGGAGUCAGCAGUGACUGUGACGGAAAGCGGCAGCAUUGGCAGCGCAAAAGCCUGCAGCACUGCAGCCUGCGGUAUGGGAAGCUCAAACCUGCCUACCGAGAAAUGGAGCUGCCCAGCCAGGAAGUGUCUUCCUUCCAAGGCACAGAGUCUCCAAAGCCACAGAAAAUGCCCAAGAUUGUUGAUCCCCUGGCCCGAGGCCGUCCCUUCCGGCACCCGGAUGAGGUGGAUCGCCCACGUACUCCACACCCUGCCCUGGCCCCAGUGACCCCGGGAGUCAUGUCCUUGACAUCGUUUGGCAGCGUACGGUCUGGCUACACCCGCCUUCCCCGCAGGAAGAGGGAAUCUGUGGCCCAUAUGAGUUUCAAGGCAGCUGCAGCUAUAAUCAGAGGACGUUCGGUUCUGGAGCCCUCAGCACCGAAGCGGAGGUGCAACAAGCAGAGCUUUAUAUAUCCCAGCUUCAUGGAUGAGGAUGUGGUAGAUGGCUUGGAUACGUUUGACUCCUCGUUCUUCAGUAAGGUUGACGCUCAUGAUGAGAUGUGCUCCAUGCCAGAUGAUGUGUUUGAGUCCCCACCCCUCUCUGCCACUUACUUCCGAGGGCUUCCUCAGCCAGAGGAUGGCAAGUCGCCUGAGGCUGAGCAGCCAUUUCAGCGAGCAGGACCUUCUCGGGGUCUGCCAGCGGCGGCGGCUGGUCCAAAACGGGGCAAGCGGAUUGCUUCCCGGGUGAAACACUUUGCCUUCGACCGCAAGAAGCGAUACUACGGGCUGGGAGUGGUGGGCAAGUGGCUGAACAGGACGUAUCGGCGGAGCAUCAGCAGCAUGGUGCGCUCCCAGCUGGAGCUCACAGAUAGCCACAGACCCUACUUCACCUACUGGAUCACCUUUGUCCAUAUCAUCAUCACCCUUCUGAUCAUUUGCACCUAUGGGAUUGCUCCCAUUGGCUUUGCCCAGCAUCUGACAACAGCAUUGGUGCUGCGAAACAAAGGCGUCUAUGAGAGUGUGAAGUACAUGCAGCAAGAGAACUUCUGGAUUGGCCCAAGCUCGAUUGACUUGAUCCACCUGGGAGCCAAGUACUCUCCCUGCAUGAGGAAGGACCAGCAGAUUGAGAAGUUGAUCCAGAAAGAGAGGGAUCAAGAACGCGAGUCAGGUUGCUGCGUCCAGAAUGACAACUCUGGUUGUGUUCAGACUCUGCAGCUGGACUGCUCGGAAACACUGGCUACUUUUGUAAAGUGGCCGAAUUAUAAUUCACCAGCUUUUGACCUCAACAAUUCCAGUCGGAAGAGGAUUUCAGGAGCUGUGUGUGCUCAGGAUCCCAGGACUUGCGAGGAACCGGCUUCAAAUCUGCCACACAUCUGGCCCGAUGACAUCACCAAGUGGCCAAUAUGUACUGAUCAGGCCAAACUUAACCACACUGGGUUGUUACAUAUGGACUGUGACAUUAAAGGAAGGCCAUGCUGUCUUGGAACCAAAGGCAGUUGUCAGAUCACUACUCGAGAGUACUGCGAAUUCAUGCAUGGCUACUUCCAUGAAGAAGCAACUCUCUGUUCACAGGUACACUGCAUGGAUGAGGUGUGCGGCCUCUUGCCGUUUCGGAACCCAGAGAGUCCUGAUCAGAUAUAUAGACUCUGGUUGUCCUUGUUUCUUCAUGCAGGGAUUAUCCACUGCCUGGUGUCGGUGGUCUUUCAGAUGACAGUCCUCAGGGAUUUGGAGAAGCUGGCAGGCUGGCAUAGAAUCUCCAUCAUUUUCAUCCUCAGUGGCAUCACAGGCAAUCUGGCAAGUGCCAUCUUCCUUCCAUACAGAGCGGAGGUGGGGCCUGCAGGAUCCCAGUUUGGCUUGUUAGCCUGCCUUUUUGUGGAGCUUUUCCAGAGCUGGCAGGUCCUCGAGAAGCCCAUGAAGGCUUUCCUGAACCUUUCUGGGAUCGUCCUCUUCCUCUUCCUGUGCGGCCUCCUGCCGUGGAUUGACAACAUUGCACACAUCUUUGGCUUCCUCAGCGGCCUGCUGCUCUCUUUCGCCUUCCUGCCCUACAUCACCUUUGGCACGAUGGACAAGUACCGCAAGAGAGUCAUGAUCAUCGUCUCGAUGCUGGUCUUCGUCGGGCUCUUCGCAUCUCUGGUGAUCUGGCUCUACGUGUACCCUAUUAACUGGCACUGGAUUGAGCACCUCACCUGCCUGCCUUUCACCGACAGGUUCUGCGAGAAGUAUGAUCUAAACCAGGUCUUGCAUUGAUGGAGCUGGGAGGCUGUGGAAUGGGGCUUGC